AAAAAGAUGUACGUCCUGGUGAUGGUUGAUCCUGAUGCUCCCAGACGCUCCCAGCACUCUGCUUACUGGAGACACUGGCUGCUUGUGAACAUAGAGGGCUACUCGCUGGCGGAAGGAAAAAUGCAUGGAAUGACUCUUGGUGAUUACAAUCCACCGACGCCGCCGCAGAAGACUGGUUUCCACCGUUACCAGUUUAUGUUAUUUGAGCAGCCUCCUCACACAAAGAUAUCACUCACUGAAAAGGAGUCUUCCCGAGGUAAAUGGGAUUUUCAGGCCUUCGUCAAAAGGUUUAACCUUGGGGAACCAGUGGCUGCCUUGCAGUUUCUCACCCAGAACUUCAAGGACUAACGGAUGCUGAAAUACUUCUAUCAGAAGAAGAAUACAACAGUACAAUUAUACCAACUAAACUGUUUCUUCAUUUGUAUUGUUUCCCUGCUUUCCGUGCAUUAAACGGCAGAAAUUCUUCAAAGCUU